GGGCGUUUUUGGAGGGUGUUGAUCAGAAUCGAAGAAACUAUAAACAGGUGAAAAACUGGAACAAGCAGCAACAAAAUGCACCUUGGGAGAUACGUGGGGAGAGCGGCAUUACUUUAUGCCGUUCUCUGUUUCUUUUUUGUAACGAACACAGCGGCUAUCGAUCCAACCAUCAUCAGUAUGAUAGUAAAGUUAGCCGGCAGCAAGCUUCUGGGGAGCAUACAGAGCGGUAUCCAAGACGGCAAGUUCGGAAACCUGACGGAUUCCUUCAUCUCCAAUUUUAUCACAAAGAUAACUGAUGAAAUUUUGAACAAAAAUCACAAGGAUGACAUUAGUCAGGAGUUGAAUGACUUUCUGGGCAAAUUUCAAAAUGAAAGUGACGCUAAGAGGGAGGAUUUGACAGCGGAGUUGAAAGCUAUUGCUAAAGACAUUAGCGCUAAGCAUGACACUCUAAUGGGAGGAUCGGCCACAGUCGACGUUAUUCCCAGUAAAGGAUUUAACUAUGAUGGAGAAAUGUUCUCUCCUCCAGAAUACAAGAUCAAGACCGAAUGGGCCCCAGAACCUGAAGAUGCUGAGAUAGACCCCGGUCCUGCAUUUGAAGCUAACAAAGGGCUUGGAAGCGUUCUACUGAAUGGUUGCUACAAGCCCUCUUUCUCCGUCAACGAUCCUUGUUACGCCGCCAAGCGACUCCUGCCUAAGUGCCAGCACAUCCUUGACAGUUCUAACUUUAUCGGAGUUGGUUUUGACGGACGCGGUGACUACAGCUCGGAAUCCAGAAAGAAAUCCAUUAUCCAGAGAGUCUGCAACAGAGGAGGAGUUUACAAAGGGAAAGCCGUGCCUGACAGCAUGACUGUUCUGGGUAUCUAUGACACUGACGUGAAAACGCAGUCCUUCAACUCCAUCCACAAGUAUCAGGAGUAUCUUGAAGAGAAAGCCUCCGUUGCCAAGUCCAAAUACAUGUUUAUCGAAGCCAUUACCAAGGCAACGGGACACGCUUCAGCAGGAAUUCUCGGUUUAGCUGGCGGUGGAGGAGGAGCUAGUAUGCAAGCUUCCGCGUCGGGGUCGGGGCAGUCGACGUCGUUUUCUUCCUCAGCCAGCGGGUACCAGACUGAAAGCUUUAAACAGACUUACCUGUCUACGCUAGAGGUUGACGUGAUCAGGUACGAAAUAUUUUUGGAUGAUGUUUCCGUCAACGACCUCAAUAUGGAUUUUUUGCAUGACUUCGUCCAUCUGCCGGAGUCAUAUUUCUACGCCGGCGCUCCUCUCAGAUUUCAACAAUUCAUUAUAAAAUGGGGAACACACUUCAUUAAGGCUGCUAAAUUUGGAGGUCAACUAAAGUUGAUCAAGACCAAGGAAGGAGUGAGGGACCAAAGCAUAGAACAGUUCGCUGAGAAGGCACAGGAUGACUACAAGGCCAUGUUCAGCACGUUCAUGGCCGCUGCAGCGCAGUUCAAAUCUAGAAGUCUAUUCCACAAGGCCGAGGGUUCCGCGGAGGGGAGCGUGUCCGCAGGGGGUGGAGUCGAGGGAUCGUCAUCCAACGAAACUAAAGGCGGAAGCCAGUCCCUAUCACAGCAGCAGUACUCCAACGAGGUCCUCAUGGUCCAAGGCGGCUCCCAGGCCAUAGCAGCCGUGAUCAGUGAGAUGUAUACCACUGGAUUUAAACACGAGUUGUCUCAAUGGUUAGCCUCCAUCCCCAGAUAUCCCAAGCCAUUUGAGUUCCAGAUGGAGCCCAUUACCUACAUUUGUCACAAUAUCAACUACAAGCAGUUGUUCCCAGUCGGGGAGGUGGACUUUGGGUGCUUUGGAGGAACGACUCUUCUAACGGAGAAUGGAACGAACAGACUUUACUAUGUGUGGGAAACUUACGAUGAAAACAACAACACAAUUAAUGUAGAGAAGCGGUACUGUGACUUUAAGAACCAGCAGGAACUGGAGGACAGCAUGAGGAGAAGGUGUAAGGCUCUGGAAAGGGGAAUUAAUGUCUAUAUGGAGGAGGGUGUCAUCCCCAGCAGCGACAUUGACUUGCCAGCCGGCAGAGCAGGAUGUAAAUCGUCCAGGCUGUCUUUUGAAGACAAACGUGUGAAAAUUAGAAUUCCUCAGUGGGAACACAUGACGGACGGGUCAAAGUUCAGGGUCAUAUUUGACAUGCCUUUUAAUUUAGCGCGUGUAGUAGGUGCGUCUGAGGCGUUACUAGUGUUCUAUCGCUCUAGUACCCGGCAGUGGUACGUACAAAGCAGUCCAGGUAUUACCCACUUGUACGAUGGGGCCAAUAAUGGAGGCAGCGGGGAUCUAGACAAUAGAAAAAUCUCAGUUCGGGGACUGGUGAUGUCAUACAACAACAGGACAGGUCUGUUGACGGUGACAGAAGACGACUUCAACGCGUCACGACUUAAACAUCCAGAUUUACCAGAGGCACUGAACGGCCUUACCGUUGCCCGUGUGGAAUACCCGUCAAUGGUGGACGAGAUAAAACAACAUAAGAAUGAGUUUGGUGUCGGUACUAUCCCGUGCAACGUGGUCUGGUCCAAUGCACAUCGUUUUAACCCCAUUGUCGCCGGUGGAAGCUGCAUAUCGUUCACCGCAGUGUCAAUGGGCGACAUCUUUGUGGUGUUCUCCGCCAUUCCGCGUGACUACGAGACAUGGUACUACGUUCAAAUUAGCCCAGACGGUGUCGCCAUCUAUAAGGGUGCCACGGUGAUGAAAUUCGUGGAUCAUAGUAACGCAAAGAGUCUUGGAGAUCCGUCUCUGUAUGAGUCUUACUUCGUUUGCGUUGCAGAGACAAUAGGAGUGAAAACGACAAUUACCUAUGGAAAGACGGAAAAUAACAGAGAGAGAGGCCAUGUCUACGCCGUGUUUGAAGACCACGACGAACCCCUCCACGUUCGUUUCUUUGCGUUUGGCAAUGGCGAGUCUCCUUUAAGCAUAAUGGACGCUCACGUCUUGCCCACAUCUGCUACAGGAGAACAUGUCUGCUCUGGACAUACCAUUGAUUUUGAGGGCACGUGUGUGGAACACUGCCAUCCUGAAUGCAUUGGCUGCCACAUGCCAGAUUCCAACAAAAAAUGCCGCGCUUGUCGCAAUCUUCAAGCGGACGGCACGUGUGUGUCCGAGUGUCCACCCACACACAAACCGGACAGUCAGAAUAAGACGUGCAUAUGUAAAUAUAUUGAAGACGGCGCAUGCGUAGAAGCUUGCAGUGCGGGUCAUAUUGCAGAAGAUACCUCUGUGGAAUCACCACUCUGUGUCUGUGAACUGUACGCCAGCGGGGAACCAGAGAUCUGUCUGGCCUCCUGCCCGGCUCACUACUACCCACACUCUGUCAGCGCGAACCACAGUGAAUGCAAAGCUUGUAAUGCUGCAUGUAUUCCACAAGAGGACGGUUUCACGUGUUCCGGCCCAACUCCUGGUCAGUGUGUCCAGUGUGUCCAGAUCAAUGGACAGUGUGCCAACUGCAGAUCAGGAACCUACAUCAAGGAAGUCAAUGGAGUGUAUCAGUGUGCCCCCUGUGCAGUUGGCACCAUGUGUCCUGGAGACGGCAGAGCGUACACGUGUAACAAAGAUGCUGAUGAAUACAGCAACGCACUAAGAACCAACUGUGUCAAGUGUCCUACAUCCUUACCGUACUCUACAAUCCCCGUCAGUAACCGGUGUCACAACUGCCAACCAGGUUACUACAGAAAACCUUCCGACAACUCUUGCAGGCGCUGUCCUACGAACACCGGUGGUCCCAACUGUAAAGUACAGUGUAAGUGUACGAAUGGCAGGUGUAUCCAGAAGACUGGCAAAUGUUCCUGUUACCGAGGUUUUAGUGGUGACAAGUGUGAAAUUCCAUCGGAAGGCGCUUUGAGACUAGUGGACAGCCGAUUCAAAGCGAACAGAUUUUUGUUCCACGAAUUGGCAACGGCAAUACACAGUCUGCAAGUGGAUCAGCCUGCAGCCAACCUGGCCCCUAUUGCCGCCGUCCGCGCCACCACCACCACCACCAGUACGACUGCAACUCCUUUAUUAGCAAACCCAGUGUUACUUAACCCAACGUUCACUCGUAGACGAGGCCGCCGAGGGCGACGUGCUUCACUUCAACUCCAACCUGCUCUCCAGGUGGAGCCACUAGCCGAGGAACGUCUUGUAGAUUCCUCUGUGAGGCAGUAUGAGCUGGCAGACCAACAGUUGUCUCUGGCAGACCAGCAACCGUCCCUGGCAGACCACGUGUCAGCGACUGAGAGCGUCAAUAUUCUUAGUGCGGCAACAAGUGGCGGCAAACUGGAAGGACGCGUUGAAAUCUUCCACAAUGGUCAAUGGGGAUCCAUCUGUGACAGCGCUUGGACUGACGCCGAUGCCAAAGUGGCGUGCAAACAGUUCGGUUACAACAAUGGUACCGCUAAAUCUAACGCCUACUAUGGUCAAGGCAGUGGGUAUAUCUGGCUGGGUAAAGUGCAGUGUACAGGCGCUGAGAGGUGGCUGAAGGACUGCAGACACGGGCUGUGGGGGAGGCACCUGUGCGAUCACAGCGGUGAUGUUGGUGUUGUGUGUUCUCAUUCGUUGACAAGAAACUUUGGUCGCCUAUUGGCACAAGAAAGCCUGCAGUUUGCUGCUCGAACAAGCAAUUCAGAACUAAGACAAGACUUUUAGCUUUUCUAUUUUUAUGAAACAGUUCAUAUAGUGACAGGAAAUCAUACGUAUACUCAAUAUCCGCAAUACAAAUGACAUUUGGACUGAUAUCAGUGGUAUUUUAAUGUGAACAUGUGAAUAUAAACGUGUGAUUUAUUAAUAAAUGUUUUUCCAGUUAAUUGAUAUUACAAAGGGGAAUGUAAUUAAUUACAAAUAAUAUGAAUUAAAACUCAUGACAGGAAAUCAUCAAAAAAGUAGGCCUACUACGCGUGCUCAUCGGGCAAUCGGACCACCGUAUAUUUUAACGUUUCUCGACUGGUUCGUUUAACUGUAAGAUGGUUAGAGACACCCUCUGAUAAUACAGGGGCGUCUGAUAUAGCACACAAAAUUGAAGAAAAGACCAUUUUGUAACAGACUACUAGCGGACCCUGUGAUCAACUAGUAGCUAAGAAAGACAAUGGCUAAGAUCCCACAUGAAAAAUGUAGAAAGAAUCUCCAUUCGUUAGUUUCCCACAAGAUACAUCACGGUGUAGUGUUAUUAAAAUGGACGCAAUCAUGUACAGGGAAAACUUCCAAGGCAAGUAUUUCAAGUUUCUGGGAUGACGAAUUUCAGAUAUACAAAACUGUAUGCCUUCCUAUAUUGGAAUCAUCUCACUGAUUAUCUUAAGUGAGAAAUUGGAAAUAAGGUAGUCCAGAAUCAGACUCAUAGAUAAACUAAACCCUUUAGCGCAAGAUCGUCACGACACUGGCCCCAAUACAGGGUUAUCUAAGGCGAAUAGGUCAGUUAAAAUCGUCGUUACUAGGUUCAAACCAUCCAUGUUGAGUUUCUAGAGUUUUAGGUCAAAAUCUAGGAUUGGGUGACGUAACGGCACUAUCACGAGUACCAAUUUACGACAUCAUUUACGUCAUGAGUUAGGUGAUACAGGAGAAAUUAAUCUACUAAACAUUGCCAUCGUCAGUCCAUGUAAAUAUAAAGAAUUGUAGCAAUGUUUUUUUUUUUCACUUUAAACGGAUCAAAACAAAUAAACAUAUAUAUUUAAAUGGACAUGCUCGAAUUGAAACAAUUUUGUUUGUCUCUGAACAAAAGUUUUUCAACCAAAAUUGAAAUGCACGUGGAUUCAUAUUUAUUUAAAACAUCUAUGCAAGGUCUGGAAUAAAUUAACAAAUAAAUUUAU